GUGGCCUUAUUUGGCUGGCUAAGCCCUGUAACAUGUUGUGAGGGUGUCAGUAGCCACCCAAUAGUUGCUCCGUUGCACUCCGCCCUGUGGGAGAGAGAUCUUUCACCAGUGCUUCAGAGCAAAGGCAGUUUCAGUUCUUGCUGCUCUCGGAAGUACUGCCUCUGAGAUCCCGGCCUUUUCAUGUUAUUUUUAAAGCGAGGUGUAGAGUCUCUGGAAGCCCAAGCAGCUACACAGUGGAACAUUUUUUAUUUAAAAUAUUUUCCUGUCCAGUGAGAGGCGCAGAUGGACAUUUAGCAGGACAAGUGACCAGGGAGUUUUUGAAAGUUUCGUCCAAACAGUGUAAAAAAAAAGUUCCUUUCCUAAGCAUGGUAGACUGCAAAACCUGUCUAAAAUGCAGUCUCUGUGGAGAGCGUGUCUUGUGGGUAGUCGGUGCUGUUUGUUCAGCCCCUGCCCUCUGACCCUGAAUGAUGACCCAUUAACACAUCAGUGCGCCAAGGUCAGGGAGGCUUGAAUGAAUGAGGCGCUUGGUUUGGUAACUUGUCCCGGCAGCUUUGCGAGGCUGAAACAAACACGCCCCACACGAGCCUGUUCCAAGUCUCUUUCCCAGGGUGGGAGGCGCCCACCCACAGACCUGGGCUCAGUCUCAUUCAGAGAACGAGUUGCCCCAUCUGGGAUUAAUUUGCUGCAGCUCAGUCGCUCCCCGUGGAGAGCGCGGGGAGGGGGAAGGGUUGCCUAGUGUUAAAUCCCCCUUGAUCCUCGCUAGAAAGCUCCCCACGGACCCGUCCUGCCCUGUCCGCGGCUCCGAACCGUCGCCUUGCGUUGCGGUAGUAAAUUACCUUCCCCCUGGCCCCUCCUUUUCAGAAUCUUCAUACACCCCAGCUCUGUGAUGUCACAGCAUCGAUACCGAGCGGAUACAAUGAAACCUCGUGUCUCGUAGCAACCGCCCGUGGGGGCGUGGCUUUCGCAAGGCCAACUGUUGCCUAAGGUGGAGAGCGCGGAGAAGCGCGACUCGCGAUUUGCCCGGGCUGUUGCCGAGCGAGGAGCGGGGGCCCGGCUCUCCAGGCAAGCGCCUCGCUCGGGGUGGGAGUCCCGCCUUGCCGGCAGGGUAGUGAAAUCCAGGACAGUGCCUAUUUGGACGGUGAAAGCACGUACAGUGAGGCAGAGCUGUUCCCUGAUGAAGACACGAUGACUCUGGCCCAGCAAGAGGUUCACCAUGAGUCCGACAUGGACAGCGCCAUCGAGAGCGUGCAGAGCUCAGAAGCAUCUGACGUGUGUUGCAGCGAAGAGAAGGACGUUGUGCUCAGCGGACUCUUUCUGCCUGUAGACAAGUCAAGUCCUCACAACCCCUCUGCAGCAUCUGACCUCUCCACCUAUUCCACCGCCUCUCUGAUCAGUAACGAGGAACAAUUUGAAGACUACGGGGAAGGAGACGAUGUGGAUUUUACCCCCAGCAGCCCGUGCCCUGAUGAUGAGACCAGAACAAAUGCCUACUCUGACCUUGGCUCCUCUGUGUCUUCCAGUGCGGGGCAAACCCCAAGGAAAAUGAGGCACAUUUAUAACAGCGAGUUGCUGGACGUCUACUGUUCACAGUGCUGCAAAAAAAUAAACCUGCUUAAUGACUUGGAAGCCAGGCUGAAAAACUUGAAAGCAAACAGCCCCAACCGAAAAAUAUCCAGCACAGCUUUUGGGAGACAACUCUUCCACAACAGUAACUUCAGCAGCAGCAAUGGCAGCACAGAGGACUUGUUCAGAGACAGCAUAGACUCGUGUGACAACGAUAUUACUGAAAAGGUCACUUAUUUAGAAAAAAAGGUGACCGAACUGGAGAAUGAUAACAUGACUAAUGGAGACCUGAAGAGCAAACUGAAACAGGAGAACACGCAGCUAGUUCACAGAGUUCAUGAACUAGAAGAACUGUUGAAAGACCAAGAGACGUCAGCGGAACAAACACUGGAAGAAGAAAUAAAAAGGCACAGAGAAGCAUACAGCAAGUACGAAAAAGAGAAGGGUACUGAAAUUGAACUGCUAAAUACAAGAGUUCAACAACUUGAGGAAGAAAACAGUGAACUCAAAACCACAGUCACCCGACUGAAAUCACAAACAGAGAAAUUAGAUGAGGAGAGGCAACGCAUGUCGGAUAGGUUAGAAGACACCAGUUUGCGGCUGAAGGACGAGAUGGACCUGUACAAAAGGAUGAUGGACAAACUGCGACAGAACAGACUGGAGUUUAACAAGGAGAGGGAGGCUACGCAGGAGCUUAUUGAGGACUUGCGGAAGGAGCUGGAGCACUUGCAGCUGUACAAGCUGGACUGCGAGCGCCCCGGCCGGGGGAGAAGCUCCUCCUCCAGCGUGAGUGAAUUCAACGCAAGAACGAGGGAAGUGGAAAUGGAGCAUGAAAUUAAACGGCUUAAGCAGGAGAAUCAGAAACUUCGUGACCAGAAUGAUGACCUUAAUGGACAGAUUCUAAGUCUUAGUCUUUAUGAAGCUAAGAAUCUCUUCGCAACACAGACAAAAGCCCAAUCAUUGGCUGCUGAAAUUGACUCUGCAUCCAGAGAUGAGCUCAUGGAAGCUCUUAAAGAACAGGAGGAGAUCAACUACAGAUUGCGACAGUAUAUGGACAAGAUCAUUUUGGCCAUCCUAGACCACAACCCGUCGAUCCUGGAAAUAAAAAAUUGAAGGACCUAAAAAGCAGCUGCCUGAUAUUUCUGCACAUGCCACUGGAUCUAAACAUCACUCUGAUACUGUAAAUGAUUCUAUAAAUAUAUAUAUUAUGUGUGAGUGGGCGCGUGGGUAUGUUUAUAUGAUGUCUGGUACCUUAUCCGUGAGUCAUAAAAUCGGCUUGAUUUGUUUUUUUCAUGCACUUUUCAAUAUCUGUGAUGAGAUCGCUGCUGUAUAUGAAUAACAAUAUAACUGGAUCACGCUGUUUUAGAUACUGGAUGUAAUGACUCUACCUCUAGUUGUAAAGAUGAAGUACAGUGGAAACCUAUGGAUGUCUCCCCUCCCUUUGAAAAACAAGAAUUACUCUUUCUUUCAGAUGAAUGAGGGUACUCCCCAAAAUUCAACAUAGCCAGGUUUGGUUCCUGACUGGUGCUCACUACAUCGCCCUCUACUGAAUUUAGUUUUGCCGGAGUUUUCCUAGUGAAACCUUUGGUCAAACCUGGACCUUUUUGAAAAUGAGUAUCUGUUAUGAUGAAAGGAGGAGAGGGGCAGAAUCGUGAAUAUCCGUGUGAAAACGCCAUCCACUUAUUUGCCACUGUUAGCAAAAUGCUUUUAAUAUAAAGGCUACAUAUCCAUCUUCAGGAUGACUGCCUAUCUGUUGUUGUGUGCAUGGGUAUGUGUUAGGCCAGGGUCCUUAUAGCAUUGAGGCAUUGCAGUGUAUGCCUUUAUUUAUCACUGGGCCACUAAAAUUAAUUCUAGGGUCCUGCACCUGCAUUUUAAGGCUUCGACUUUUUGAAAGGUUACUGACUGCAUGCGAAUCCACUUCGUUGUUUUAAAGAGAAACUUUAAUCUAAACAAUUAGCCUAAAUUCCCUUCCCCGCCACCAAAGCACACUGCUGAACUCCUAGGAGAGAGAGAAUGGUGAGGUCCUACAGGUUUUUGCAGUUGCUUAAUCCCUGAUGUAAACUAAUUUAACUAUUUGAGCAGUUAAAACUCAAAAGCACACUUUUAAGACACCAGUAACGGGUAACAUGCAAUGUAUUCCUUCCCCCACCCCCACCUCACCCUUUCACAAGUAGCUUCACUCACCCAAAUUACCUAUUCCAAAUAUUGCCUAUCCCUGUGCCCACAUCUGUAUGCUCUGAAUCAGGAAAGUACAUAAGCGCUUGCUUAAUUUAAGCAUAUUGCCAUACUUGGGUCCUAUUGGAGUUGAGGAUGUGUGUAAAAUUAAACGCUUUCAUCUGAACUGGGCUAGAUUUAAACAGUUGAUGUGCUUUUUGGAUUGGGCCAAUUUCUUGAAGAAAUGGGGCCUUUUAACUAAAAGUAAAAGCUAGAAGUUAAUUGCUGUGGAAUUUUUUUUUUAAAGUUCACACACUUUCCAUUUAAAUAAAAAGGGAAAGCAAACCUUCCUCCCCUUUGCUUCACACCAUCUGGCACAAGCAGGAGAACUCUCUGGUCUAUUUCUCUGUAACCAAGUGUCAGGCUAUCAAAUGUGCAUAGAGAUGUUCUCUCUGUUUUAACACACUCCUUGGAAAUGCACUGUUGCAGUAGCUGUGACAGAUUUUUUUUGUAUAUUGCUGUUGGCAGUUGGUCUCCCGCCUCCCCAUGUUUUUAUGUAUUUUCAUUGGUGUAUGUAAUGCAUUUUUCCCUUAAUCUGAAUACCUAGCACAUGUAUUCUUAUUGCUGUAAAUAUAUAUAUAUAUAUAUUUUUCUGCAACUGCAGCACUCUUGCCUUCAGUGAUAUCUUAUUGGAGUCAUGGGCAGGUGUGGGGAAGCACUGAAAACGGGCUUUCCCGAAGGCAAGAUGAUAAAACCAAUUUGAUUAUUUAUUUGAACCUGUCAUCUGUUAAGCUGUAGGGCCGUGGGUCGGGAGGAGAGCUCAUGAUGAAACUUGAAUUGUCCUUCCAGGCCUGGGUGCACCAUAGAGGGGCUCAUCUGUACUGGAAAAAUGUCAUUGUGCUUAACAUUAAAGGUUUCAGGAUGGAUUGGUAGCAGAGGAGAGUGGGAAUAAGGUGUCUCUAAGCCACUCCUGUGCCCCCCC